AGGGUUUCAUUACGACAGUAGCUUCCGUCGAGUGCAGAGAAUAUUUUUUUAUUUUUUCAAUAUCAGUUGUGGUACCAAAAGAAAUAGUUCUUUUUUUCCAUUUCAUUUUGUUCUCAUUCUGUUUUUGUUUCUUCGUUUGAUACACCAGAAAGAAGGUUUAAAGUAAAAAAAGUGGUUCGAUUGGACGAUUUUGAAAAUAAGAAUUUAGUUGAAAACAAAUUCUGUAAGACGAAGGUUGUUUUUCGGAAAGACAUUAAGAAUUUUGUUUUAUAAAACAAUAAAAUAUUUCGAUAAGGACAUUUGGUUAAAGUGAAAAAUUUUCAAAUUGAAAACUAUAUUACUACUCGUUAAGUGUAAGACUAAUGGCAACAGCGGUUCUCCGUAACAUGACACUAGGACAAAAUUUACACAUUGUUUCGAACAAUUGUGUUAUCGUUUCAAAUCAACAAACACCGGUGAUCAUGCAUCAUCACGGCAAACGACCAAUUGCACCGGCAACGGAACAACGUUCACAUGUUAUGGCCCAGCUCGAUCAAAAUCUGAACAAAAAAGCGAAAAUGAGCUACACACAUAUGGGCCCAUACGGAACCCAGCCGGCAUCCGUACAGCGAAGGAAUGCCCGCGAACGGAAUCGUGUGAAACAAGUGAACAACGGAUUUGCCAAUCUUCGCCAACACAUUCCGCCAGACGUUAUCACUGCAUUGACCAAUGGCGGUCGCGGUGCCAGUAAAAAGUUAAGCAAAGUAGACACACUGAAAUUGGCUGUUGAAUAUAUCCGACGAUUAAAAGACUUACUGGAUGAAAACGAUUCGGAAACGGGUAGCACAAGUACGCAUAGUCAGUCGUCGAGUUCAUCAUAUUAUGCCGCUAGUCCAAUGCAACAUAGUCCAUCGUUACAAAAUUCAAUACCUCCACCGCCGUGUUCAGAAGCAUCCGUUUCACCUACACCCUCAUUCAUCUCAGAUGGUUCGAAUGGUCAUUCCUAUGUACAGCAGCCAGCCCAAUUCAAAUAUGAAGUUUACGACACAUACAAUCCAGAGGACGAAGAGUUAUUAGAUUGUAUUACAUGGUGGCAACAGCAAUGAUAUUAAAUGAUUUGCAAACAAAAACAAAAAGAAACAACUGUACAUUACAAGACUAUAAUUAUAUUGCACAUAGGCCUAACAACAAGUGAUUCCAGCAGUAAACAAAUGAUUGGAUAAAUGAAUGGAAAUCAAACACGAACAUUCUAAUUUAUAUAUCUUUAAUCUCCCGUAAAAUAGUUAUAAUUUAGUAUUCAGGUACAAAUCACUUACUUCGAGUGUGUCAAUCUAACUUAUUACUUCACGAUAAUAAAAUAAAUAGUGUUUUAGCUAUUUACUUGCAUUUGGAAGUAGUUUUAUGUGGUCAGUUGAAUUAAAUAAACGAAUUUAUAUAAUGAUUGGUCGUCAAACAGUAAUUGAACAUCUCUGUGUGUAAAUAACUGUUUGCUGAUCAGUUUAAAAUUUGAAUAAUUAAAAGAACCAGGAAGAAAUGAAAAACUAGCCAUACUAGCCAGUCCUGACCAGUUAACACAUUAUUUCUUAGCGAUUGUGUCAAAAGAAAUUUAAGAGAAAAAAGUUUAAAUAAUAAACUGAAAAUGUACUAAAACAAAGAAGACAAACCAUUUUAUUUAUAUUACAAAAAAAAAAUGUUAUCUAGUCAAUAGUUAGUUAACUAAGAUAUAAAUUACCUCUUGUAAAUUGUUAAGAGAUGAAUGAAUGAUGAAGUAGAAGACGAAAGAACAAUGAACAGCGUGUAGCUUAAUCAGUUUCGGUUGCAUAAGUUAUUUAAUGAAACGAAAAUAAUGGGGAAACUCAGGGGGUGGGGAAAAUGAUUAAAUUUAUUUUUUCAAUAAAUUCCAUUUUUUGUCAAAUAAUUAAAAUUUUCGGAUUUGUAUUAUCGUUUUAUUACACUAAUCAUAGAUUCAAAUUUCAUGUGAUCAUAAACACAAAUCUAAACAAAUAUACUUCAACCAGUGCCUUAACGUUUGAUCAAAAGAAAGGGAACGAAUUUUUAAAGUGAAUAAAAACCAACAAAACAAUGUCCACAAAACGAAUAAGUAAACUUUGUUCAUUACCGACAGUGUCUUAGCGAUAAAUUCAAAUAUUGUACAUAAAUAUAUUUUGUAUAUUUUGUAGUUGCUCCGUAAUGUUACAUUAUAAUGAUUUUGAAUGUAAUCAGAAUAAAAAUACGCAGAAUAAAUAGAUAAGAACAUUUAAA